AUGGCGAUGCCGGGAGCCUCUCGCGUGUCCGGCGGCUCCACUCACGCAUCCGCGACGACGUAUUCCUCUGCAAUCUCCUCGUCCAGGCGUAUAGCAAGUGCCGAUCAAUCGACGACGCCCGGCGCUGCUUCGACGCCAUCGCUGCCAAGAACGUCGUCUACCCUGAUGAUCGCGGCGUAUGGCCAGAAUGGGGAUUACAGGGCAGCCCUGCGAUUGUUUUGGGAGAUGAAUUUGCAGGGCGUGAGGUCGGACAGGGUCGUGUUUGUGGAGAUUUUGAGCGUUUGCGCCAAGACUGGGGAUCUAGCCACGGGAAUUUCGAUCCAUCUCCAGAUUUUGGGAUCGGGGAUCUUGCACUGCGACGUAGUCCUGCGCACAGCGAUCGUCACCAUGUAUGGGAAGUGUGGAGAUGUAGAAGCUGCCAAGGCCGCGUUUGAUGAUAUCGAGCAGCCGAAUAACUACUCGUGGAAUUCUCUCAUCGCAGCGUAUGGCCAGAAGGGGCAUUGCAAGGAAGCGUUGGAAACUUUCCAGCGGAUGGAUAGGCCGGAUAAGUAUACGUUCUUGAGCGUUCUUGGUGCUUGCUGCCAUGCCGAAGAAGCUCAAGAAAUCCACGCUCGGGUGGUCUCCUGCGGGCUAGAAAUGGACGUGAUGGUGGCGACUCAGCUCAUCAAGUGUGGAAGAGUUGCAGAGGCCCGCCGUGUGUUUGAGAAAGUUUGCUGGGAAGACGCUGUUGGCUGGAACUCCAUGCUCGCUGCUUAUGCCCAGAACGGGCUUCCAGAUCAAGCGCUGGCUCUCUACUGGGCUCUGAAUCAGGCUGGAGUUUCUCCCGAUGAAGCGACCUUUGUGAGCCUUUUGGACGCCGCCGCUGCUUUGUGCGCGCUCAAGGUGGUGUUGGAGAUCCAUGCACAGGUUUCUUCGCGGAGGAUUCAGUCUCACAUCGUCGACACGGCUCUCGUUUUUGCUUAUGGAAAAUGCGGCCGCCCAAUGGACUCGAGAAAGGUGUUUGACAGCACCAACGGAGAAGUAGUGACACAUUGGAAUGCUAUGAUCGAGGCCUACUCGCAAAACGACAUGGAACGCGAAGCCAUCCAACUUUUCAAGUAUAUGGACCUGAAAGGAAUCAAGCAAGAUGAAGUCAGCUUUAUAAACGUCAUCAGUGCCUGUUCUACUCUCGAGGAUCUGGCGGAAGGCACGGCCACUCACGGCCACUCGAAAGCAGCACUUGAACUGUUCGAGACAAUGGUGUCAUCGAGCUUGCGGCCGAGCUCGGUUACUUACGUUGCGGUGCUCGGUGCGUGCUCGGAUUCGGGUGCCUUGACCGCUGGGAGGAGAAUCCACGAACACAUUCUAGCGAGCAAGGCAGAGUGGGAGCUUCCAGUCGGCAACGCUCUCAUUAGCAUGUACGGGAAGUGUGGAAGCGUGGAGGAUGCAAGGCUGGUCUUCACGGCGAUGAGAGAAACGAGCUUGUUCUCGUGGAACAGCAUGCUGGCCGCGUACACCCAGAACCAUCAAGGCAGCGCAUCCGAAGCGUUUGAUCUCGCGAGAGAAAUGGUCCUCCACGGCAUCAAGCCCAACGAAGCAACUUUCGUCAGCAUUCUCUACGCUUGCAGCCAUGCAGGCCGGUUUGACGAAGCUUACAUCCAGUUCGUCGCCAUGGAAAGCGACCACGGUGUGAGGCCGGUUGCCGAGCACUAUGGCUGCAUGGUGGAUCUGUUUGGGAGGCUGGGAUGGCUGGCGGAGGCCGAGCACGCCGCCAAGAAUGCGCCGAAGGGUGGCGAUAUUGUCUCGUGGAUGAGUGUUUUGGGAGCUUGUAAGAUCCACAGCGACGAUGUUCGAGCCAAGCAAGCGGCAGAGAAAGUCCUCCAGGUUUCCAGAGGUAGUCUUUCUAUAAACAACUAGCUCUGAAGAGAGG